AUGAACCUCUUCAGCGCCGCUGACUUUUACAUUAGGCGGAUCACCAAUUGUCCCUCGAAAGGUGCGCGAAAUGCGGGUCCAGAGACCCGUAUUAAGACCCUACUGUUGGAUAAGCACACCACGGGAACCAUAUCGAUGUGCACCACGCAAACAGCCUUGCUAGAACAUGAAAUAUAUCUCAUAGACACAUUGGAAAACGAAACCAGAGAUACAAUGCGCCAUCUGAAAUGUUUGGUGUAUGCGAAACCUACAGAUGAAACAAUCGAACUGCUGGCCAAAGAGCUUGCAAAUCCGAAAUAUGGCGAAUACCAGAUUUUUUUCAACAACACGGUCACCAAGACGCAGCUCGAGCGACUUGCGGAGUGUGACGAGCUUGAAGUUGUCAACAAAGUGGAAGAGAUUUUUCAGGACUACCAGAUUCUGAAUGACGACCUGUUUUCCCUCGACUUACCGGCGUUCGAAUUGUUCUCCAAUGAAUUGGUUUGGGACCCCUCCGGUCUUCAAAAAGCUACUCAGGGCCUAAUAUCUCUAUUGCUUUCGCUGAAACUCAAGCCCCAAAUACGUUAUGAGGCUGGAAGUAGAUUAGCACACAAGCUAGCUCAAGAAGUUCAGCACAGCAUGCGACAAAACGAGAGAAACUUGUUCGAUUUCCCACCGAUAGAUGCUCCGCCGUUGCUCUUGAUUAUGGAUCGGCAUCGCGAUCCUUUGACCCCACUGUUGCAGCCUUGGACCUACCAAUCGAUGAUAAACGAGUACUUGGGUAUCAAGCGGAACGUCGUCGACCUGUCUGCAGUGCCAGAAGCUGAUUCCACUAUGGAGCAAGUUGUUCUUUCUUCCAAACAAGACAGCUUCUUUCACGAGACUAUGUACCUCAAUUUCGGUGAGUUGGGCGACAAGGUGAAGCAGUAUGUCUCCAGUUAUAAAGAGAAGACACACACCACCAGUCAGAUAAACACAAUUGAAGAUAUCAAGCAAUUUAUAGGAAAGUAUCCGGAAUUCCGAAACUUGUCCGGCAACGUUUCAAAACAUAUGGCUAUUGUAGGAGAACUCGAUCGUCAGCUGCAACAGAAACACAUCUGGGAGGUAAGUGAGCUAGAACAAAAUAUUUCUUCUCACCCUGGUGAUUCGCGAAACUACGAAGAAUUGAUGAAACUAUUAGCUGAUCCCAAUGUUGACCAUUACUACAAAUUGAAACUGGCCUGCAUUUAUUCUUUGAAGAAUGCCGGAGGUGCUCAUGCAUCUGAAAUCUCGAAAUCCCUUUCGCUUCAAAUGAGCCCAGAGGACGUAAACUUCUUUCAUCACUUCAGCAGCCUAUUUAAGAAUCAAGCAAAUCCAUCCACAUCGGGUAGAGAAAGAGAAGAUCUGAUCAGCGAGUUGGCUAAAAAAUUCAAUCAAAAAGGACAGCCAAAAGCCGAUAAUGUCUAUAUGCAGCAUAUUCCUGAGCUGUUCGCUUUCCUCAACGACCUGUCCAAGAAUAAAAUCCCAGACGAGAAAUUCCCAUAUCUUGAGAAUCCUCGAAGCAAAUCUCCUACUCAGGAUGUCAUUGUCUUCUUCGUUGGUGGAGCUACAUUUGAGGAGGCGCGGAUUCUCCACCAAUUCAACAAGACAAUGAACAAAGAAAACGACGGAAAAAUAAGGGCUAUACUGGGCGGUACAAGUAUUGUGAAUACGCGCGAAUUUAUGAACUAUUGUAAAGCCUCUGGCAGAAAGAGUACAGAACUAUCUGAUCUUUUAUAG